AUGAUUGGAAAAUUUGACAGUGUGACAAAUCUGCAGAAUAUCAUUGCAGUGAAUUGUUCUGAUAGCAAGGUUCAUCUUUCCUCUAUUUACAAUGUGCUUAUCCACCAAAAUGUACAAGCUCCAUGGUAUAAAACAGUCUGGGAUGGAUGGCAUUACCCAAAGCAUUCUUUUAUCCUAUGGCUUGUCAUUCAUCAAAGAUUGUUAACACAGGAAAGGCUAUGUCGCAUGAGGGUGCUUGACACAAACACCUGCACUCUAUGUUCUCAUCAGCAGCCGGAAACUUGCAAACAUCUAUUUUUUGAAUGUGAUUAUUCAGUUUACAUAUGGAAUAGAGUCAUGGACUGGCUGAAUUACAAAUGGAGAUCUUGUACCUGGGAUAAUGUUGUUGAUUGGUAUACCUUGAGGUUAAAGGGUGAGGGAUUUAUGAAGAAGCUUAAGAGAAUGGCUUUGUCUGUUUCAGUCUAUGCUAUAUGGCAAGAGAGAAAUCGGAGGAUCUUCCAAUCCAUUGCAAGAGGGCCUGAACCUGUUUUUAGAUCUGUGAAGAUUACUAUUCUAUCAAAAAUUCUAAAUGAUGACAUACCUGUCUAUAUAAAGGAAAAGAUAGAGCAUAUGUAA